AUGGCGGGCAGGAGGAGUGCAUUUGUUAUUAAGAGACGACGGACGCUGGACGGUCUAGAAAAUAGCAACGAGACACUUGUGUCGGGCUUGUGCUGCGACCCUAGUCGCCUGCUGCGGUGUAAGACAGGCCCGCCCCGUAAACGUCUGGCGUCACAUUACCUGAACAGCUCGCUCUUCCUGUCAGCGCGAGACUCUGAGGAUUUCAGCUGGAAGGAGGACCUGGAGCAUGACGAGCACUGCGCCGUCUGUAAGGAGGACGGCGAGCUGCAGCCGUGCCACAACUGCCCCCGAGCCUUCCACCCCAACUGCCUCCACCCGCCGCUCAAAACCCCCCCCAGGGGACCCUGGUACUGCCCCAAGUGCCAGAAGAAGGUGCUGAACAAAGAAAACAUGUCGUGGCCACAGAACUUUGUUCAGUCCUACGUUACACACAAGACGGUGAGGCAGGAGGAGAAGCGACGGCUGCUCAGACGAAACUCGGAGCUGAAGAAAGAGUGCGCUCACCUGGAAGAACAAGACGAGAAGCUCAACGAAGCGCUCAAACAGUGUAUGGACGUGAGGGAGAGACUGCUGGGCCAGCAGAGAGACACUCAGGCCUCGCUCGAACGCCUCAAAGCUCUCAUCAGGCUGAUCCAACGCGACCAGCUCAUCCAGGUCACCAUGACAACCACCGCCACCAUCGCCGCCGCAUCCCUGCUCUCGCAGUCCUGGAUCAAACCCACCAGCACCACCUCCUCCUCCUCCUCCUCCUCCUCCUCCGCCACCGUCGUCGCUGCCCCGGGCCCCUCAGCCGCCACGCCCCUGCAGCAGAAGAGCCACGCCCACAGCCAGGACGACAGUCACAACUAGCCCCUCCAUCCCUCCCUCCUCCAUCCCUCCCUCCUCCCCCCCUCCAGCUGCCACGUCACAGCGGUGAGGAUUUCCCUUUUUGUCUUGAGUAAUAUCUAACCAUCGUU